CAGUUUGAAAAUUCACUGUGAAAAGUCUUUUGAUUAUUUCGCUUUCCCGUUGUUUAACAAAAAAAAUAACCCUCCUCCCCCUCUCUCUCUCUCUUCUGGUGAAAAUCGUUUUUUGGAAAAUAAAACACAAAUGUCUGCGGAAAACCGACAUUUAUGGCAUUUAUGCUUCGUUGUCGUCACUUUUGCCGUUAUGCUUUCCCAGAUCAGCAUCGAUGCGGAAGCUUAUCAGAUGCUGUUACCUGCAGGCGAGGAUGGAAAUUGUACAUAUCGUGGUGACAAACUGGAACUGGGACAACAGAGUGGUCCGGUGCCAUGCCAGCGUUUAACCUGCAACGAGGAUGGAACGGUGUUAGUUGAAGGAUGCGGCAAACUUUGGAUACAAAACUGCAACCGUGGCGAACGUGUGAAUCCUGAGAAGCCCUAUCCAGAAUGCUGUAAGCUGGUGUAUAAAUGUAAAAAUCCCGAUGGUUCGUCGUAUUACAUUGAAAAGGAUGCCCUCGACAGUAGUAAUGUGAAGAGUGAAAACUCAACAUAGUUUGGGCAGAUUUUUUUUAUUUUGUUUUUUCAUUUGCUCAUGUGAAUAGAGGGAACUCCAUUAGAACGUAGGUGAAAUGUAUAAAAAGAAAUUUAGUUUUAUUUUAUUUCAUUUUUCUAUUAUUAUUUAUUAUAAAAUAAUUGUAUAUUU